AUGAAAACUAAUACAAAAUAUUUAAUCGCUGGUACUUUCCUUCUCUCUUUGGUAAGUGCAAUUUCAGAUGAAUCCGGUUCUCUAGAUUCAGCCGAAAGCUCAUCUAAUAGUUCUUCAGAAUAUUCAUCCGGCGCUGAAGCCAGUUCCGGUGAAUCUACUAAUGAUUCUAGCGAUUCUUCAGAAUCUACCGAGGAGACUACUGUCGAAAAAAGUGCUGCUUCAGUCUAUUCCAGUCAAGCCGCAGCAACUUCCGAAGAAGCAUAUCAAUAUUCAGCCACCAGUGCUGUCACUAAGACAGCCACAACUACAGCAGCAGAAUUCGCUGUCGAACCAAGCGCAACUGUAAUAACGACCAAUGCAAUGGGUGAGACUACUACUGAAUAUUUCUGGUACAACAUAAAUUCCGAAACGACAGAUGCAGCCUCGAGCACCGUAGGACAAAGUACUGAAUUAGAGUCCUCUGUCACCGAAAUAAUAGAAUCUUCUGCUGCUACGUCUACAGGUUCUGCCACUGCUUCUGCCAAGGAAGUUACCACAUUGUCAAACUCCAGUGAAGGGAUAACGGCUUCAGCUACGAGUUCAUCGAAAAGUAAAAGUACUACAAAAUCUAGCACAAGUAGUAAAAAAUCUUCAUCGACAGCUUCGGUAAAGAGUUCUAGUUCAAACGGUGUAGCAUCCAAUGGAGUAAGUACAGGUCUAGUUUUAUUGGCUGGUUACCUUCUUUUAUAG